CUUCUAGCACACAUUUCGAGUCCUCCACGAAUUGACGUCAUUACGCUAUCAAUCAAUCAAUUAAAUAAUUAAUAUCACAAGAAGCUGUCGGUCUUUGUAACUAUGGCCGCUGCUUCUCCCUGUGCUACUAGCCGCGUGACGAGCCACGCUUAUUACAUAAGACGAGAGCAGCUGAACGGCAAACGGCAAGUACGACGGGCUCUCGUCUCCUCGACGAUGAGUCAGAGACGAAGACUCGACGGCGUGUCAUUGACCGGACACUUCGGUUGCGUCAAUGCCGUCAACUUUUCCAACAAUGGCGGCCAGUUGAUUUUGUCCGGAGGAGACGACCGACGAGUUCUGGUGUGGAGAACCGAGGAGGCAGUGUCGCAAUGUUGUCGACCGAUUGCGCUCAAGACCGAGCACGCGUCGAACAUCUUCUCGACUCUGUUCGACAACAGCAACGAGCACGUCUAUUCUGCAGGUAACGAUGAGGUUGUGCUCAGGCACAAUUUGGAAAGAUUGGUGGCCAUUGACAUCUUUCCACACAGACAGCCCGUUUAUGGUGUCAGUGUUGAUCCCGAUCACGAUGGAAUCUUCUUGUCGGCUGGAGACGAUGGUCGCGUCUUAUUGUGGGACACUCGAAUGCCGGAAUCUCCUUGCACGUGUGUUGCACGUUACACAAGGCCGUUCCACGCUGCCGUCUUCCAUCCUAUCGAACCACGAUUUGUAGCAACUGCUAAUGCGGGUGAGGGCGUCGGACUGUGGGAUAUACGUCAACCUCAAAAGUUGUGUCUCACAAUGUAUGGUGGAUAUCUUUGUAAACAGAAAGCAAUGAGUGUUGCUUUUGAUCGUUCUGGUCAACACAUCUUGGCCCUACGUCGCAGACUUCCCGCGGUCUUGUUUAACAUCAGGCAGGCACUUCCGGUGUGCCAGUUUACACAUGACGGGUACAUGAACUCGUGCACUAUGAAGAGUGCUUCGUUCUGUGGAGAUAACGAUGAAUACGUUGCAUCGGGGUCGGACGAUUUCAACGUGUACGUAUGGAAAAUCCCGGAUGCAGUGUAUCACGAUCCUUUACCUGGGAACUGGGUGGGUGAAGCAGAUUGUGUUUUGGUUGGUCAUCGAUCUAUUGUAAAUCAGGUGCGAUUCAACUCCCAUUCGAUGUACCUCCUGUCGUCUGGAGUUGAGAAAGUAAUCAAGCUGUGGAGCCCAUUUGCCAUAAGUGGUAAAGAGGAUCUGUCUGAUUUAAACAGGAAAGUGACGCGUGAGGAUGGACGUCAAAGACAGCAUUUUACACCAAGAGAGCAACGCCGGCUUGUGUUAAGUCUGAACAGUCCUUACGAAACGGAUCCUUAUUCUCUGCAGAGUAUAGAGGAAGAUUCCCGUAUGCUCUCUUUCUUUGACUCUCUUCUUCAGCAAGAUGAGAUGUCAGAUGGAGCAUCUGGUAGCAGCGUCGACACCGUCGUUAUGGGAAUGGGUGCAACUGAGAGCCGCAACAGCGACAACGAGGCCGACAUUGACACUAAUGCAGACGAAAACGCACAAGAUGAGGAGACCUCUGAUAGCCAUCACCACGUUGAUUUCAGAGAUCUGAUGCAGUUGUUUUUGUCUGGAACCUACAGUUCGUCAUUAAGUAGCCGUUCUAGUAGUUCCACAAGUCCGAGUGACACAGAUGAUGAUGUAAGUGACAGUAGGGAGUCGGAUCAUUUGUUUGCUCCCACGUCGUCUACCUCUUGUGGAGAGGAACAGUUGUCUUCGUAUUCUCCAAUACGAUGUUCUACAAUUAGUGAAGACGACAGCUCACCUUUCAACAGAGGACAUGAAGGAUGUGAUGGCAUCAACGGUGUUGCUGUCGCAUUAGAGUCUGCUCGCCAAUCAGUAAAUAGUUCGGCAGCAUGCUAUUGUGAAACAGUGGAAGGUGAGCAGCUUGAAACAGCACACUCAAGAACAUAUACGAGUAAUUCAAUCCUCUUGACUGAUACCAACUUUGGCUGCGAGGAACAAGAAAGGCAUAAUGCUGAGCUAACAUAAUACAAUGUUUUCUUAGUAUAGGAGUAUCUACAACAUUGAAAGAUUUUCUAUAUAGUAAAUAAAUACAUGAUCAAGA